GGGGCGUGGCCUCUCGGGUGACGUCACCGCGCCCAUUGAUAAAACCGGCGGGAUCCCCGGCGCGCCAGCGCCAAGCGUGGGGGGCGGCGGCGGGGCCACGUGCGCGGGGCCGCCGGUGGCGGAGGAGCCGCAGCAGCACCGGGAACCGGGACAGAACCGGGACCGGGAUAGGAACCGGGGCAGCCGCCAUGGCCAUGGAGCACGCCGGCCUUUUUCCCCCGUUCCCCGCCGCCACCGCCGCCUGCCUGCCCGCCCAGCCCGCGCCCUCCCCGCCGCCACCGCCGCCCAACCGGGCAGCCGAGACCAGCCGGCUCAUCACCGACCCGCUCUCCGGUCGCUCCUACUGCAAGGGCCGCCUGCUCGGGAAGGGCGGCUUCGCACGAUGCUACGAGAUGACAGACCUCUCCAGCAACAAAACCUACGCCGUGAAGGUCAUCCCUCACAGCCGGGUGGCUAAACCCCACCAGCGGGAGAAGAUCACCAACGAGAUCGAGCUGCACCGCGACUUGCACCACAAGCACAUCGUCAAGUUCUCCCACCACUUUGAGGACGCGGAGAGCAUCUACAUCUUCCUGGAGCACUGCAGCAGGAAGUCGCUGGCCCACAUCUGGAAGGCCCGCCAUACCCUGCUGGAGCCUGAAGUGCGCUAUUACCUCAAACAAAUCAUCUCCGGCUUGAAAUACCUUCACCUCAAGGGCAUCCUGCACCGGGACCUCAAGCUGGGCAACUUCUUCAUCAACGAAAACAUGGAGCUGAAAGUGGGGGACUUCGGUCUAGCUGCUUGCCAGGACGCCUCUGACCAGAAGAAAAAGACGAUUUGUGGGACCCCCAACUACCUGGCCCCCGAAGUGCUGCUGCGGCAGGGCCACGGCCCGGAGUCAGACGUGUGGUCACUGGGCUGUGUCAUGUACACCCUGCUGUGUGGGAACCCUCCCUUCGAGACCUCGGACCUCAAGGAGACCUACAGGUGCAUCAAGCAGGUGGAGUACACCCUGCCUGCCUUCCUCUCCCUGCCCGCCAAGCACCUCAUCGCCGGCAUCCUCAGGCGCAACCCCCAGGACCGCCUCACGCUCGAGGAGAUCUUGGACCAUGAGUUCUUCAAGGGCUACACGCCGGAGAAGCUCCCUCCCAGCAGCUGCGUGAUGGCUCCGGAGCUCAGCCCCCCCAACCCAGCAAAAAGUCUCUUUGCUAAAGUCACCAAGACGCUCUUCGGGAAGAAGAAACCCAAGGCCAAGAAGGGCCCUUCGGAGGACAAGGACGACAUCUCCAAGCUGGUCACCGGGCUGAUGAAGACCUCGAUCUGCCGGCAGAUAAGCUACAAGACGGUGGAAGGGAAUGAGGUGAGAGCAGCCCCGAGUCCGUGCGCACCCCUCCCAGGGACAGCACAUGGGAUGGUGCUGACAUCGUGUCCCCCCCAGGCCACCCCCGGGUCCUGCCGCAGCACCGGCUCCAGCCCCGUGGAGACGCUGGUGGAGGAGACCUCUCACAAAUCCGUGUCCCCGUCCAUCCGGGGGACGAUGGCCAGCAGCUGUGAAGCCUUUGAAGACUGCAUCACCGCCUCUGCCAUCAUCGAGUCGGCCGUCCGGCUCCUGCGGACCUGCCUCUCCUGCAUGCCCCCAGCGAACAGAAACCCGGCUUCCCUGGCCCGGCACGAGCAGUUUGUCUGGGUGAGCAAGUGGGUGGACUACUCCAACAAGUACGGCUUCGGCUACCAGCUCUCCAACCGCAGCAUCGGGGUGCUCUUCAACAACGGCACGCACAUGGCGCUCUCCCCCAACCACAAGACGGUGCAUUACAACCAGACCAACAGCAAGCACUUCGCCUUCCCCGCCUCCGCUGUCCCCGAGCAGCUGCAGGGGCAGAUGAGCGUGCUGCGCUACUUCGCGUCCUACAUGGAGCAGCACCUGAUGAAGGGAGGUGACUUGCCGAGCAUAGAUGACCUUGGGCAGCCAGCCCUGCUCCUCCUGCAGUGGGUGAAGACGGACCAGGCCUUGCUGAUGCUCUUCAGCAGCGGCACCCUGCAGGUGAACUUCUACAAUGACCACACCAAGGUGAUCAUCAGCAAGCCUGACCACUCCUGCCUUGUCACCUACAUCAACCGGGAGCGCAACUCCUACACCUACAAGCUGGGCAGCAUCCAGGAGCUGGGCUGCUCGCCGGAGCUCCAGCAGCGCCUCCGAUACAUCCUCAAGCUCCUCCAGGAGCGGGCCGAUGCCUAGCGCGGUGCUUUGGAGAGACCCUCUCUGGACGUAGAGGUCUCCUCCUGCCUUCCCGUGGGACGGGGGGCGCGUAGUGGUGCUCAGCUGGACUCCGGACCUCAGCGGCCACCCGCUGAACACAUGUGGCUGUGAUCACGGCAGCAGGUCUGCACACCCGUGCUGCUCCCUGGCUGUGGGCAGUCGCUGCCUUUUCCCCCUCUGCAUGGCCGUGAGCUCGAGGCUUGGUGCUGUGGGGUGGAGAAGACCCCCCCCCAGGGGACGGACAGGGGUGUGGGGCGCUGUGUGGGGUGGCUCGUGCCUCUCCACAUCUGCUACACUAAGGGGGGGCUGAGCUGGACCCCAGCUGCUCCCGAAUUGGGACUUGUCUGGUACAACUCAAGGUUUGGUAGAGGGCAGGGGAAAGGGAUCCGUGGGCUUUUUUGCCUGGAAAAGCCCCUGUGUGGCUGUGACCUAGGGCAGGUUUCUUGUUUCGCGGCAGUCUCUGCCAGGUUGGGACUAUUUAUGCAUCUUAUUUAUAUGGAAUUAUUUAUUUUCUCUGUCUGUCCAUGUGCAGCUCCCCUGUCCCUGACUUACCUCAAUAAAACUUUAUUUGUGUAAGGGCAA